AGAGUUCCCCGGAGCCUCCACUCCGGCUCGGCGCCCUCUCCUCCACUCCUUCCCCGAGGGGCGCGCCUGUCUGCUGCUCCUCCGGCGGAGCUGCAGGUCUGGGUCCCUGGGGCCAGACAUGGGGCUGGGGAGAUCAGGCCCCUAACCAAGCAGCUGAAUUAUUUGCUGCUGCUCAAGAGUCCCUGUAUAUCUUUACCUCCAACAGCUCUCCACACAUCCAGUUGAUGACCACAAGUGCUGCCAGAGCCCUCUCACUGGGAGGAUUUCCCCUCACCACUGUCUGUGAGAGUUCCCCCUGUUUGGGCAGCUAGCUGCAGGGGACCCUAUAUGAGGCCAGAGGUGUGAACUGAGAGAGAGACAUCAGAACAACAGAGGGGUGCCAUUUGCAUCGUCUUAGAGGUGUCACAAUAAAAGACAUUCGCCGUAUUUAAUAAUUUUCAGUUUUAUUCUAUGACCCAAGCAGCAGCAACAAUGGGAUUAGAAGAUCAUGUAAUAUUUUUCAGGAAAAUGGCAAAGUUAAUUUUGAGUGAAAUGCCAAAAGCCAAAUAUUCCAGUUUAUUAAAUGAUUUUGUUGAAUCUAAUUUUUUUGUGAUUGAUGGCGAUUCCUUGCUUGUCACAUGCCUAUGUGAUAAAUCGUUCAAGCAGGGACAGGAUCUCCACUUCUUCUACCUCGUUGAAUGUUAUCUUGUGGAUCUUAUGAGUAAUGGAGGACAAUUUGCCAUAGUUUUCUUCAAGGAAGCUGAAUGUGCAUAUUUUGAUUUUCCUGAACUUCUUUCAUUGAGAACUACUUUAAUUCUCCAUCUUCAACACAAUACCAACAUUGAUGUUCUAACAGAGUUUUCUGGAUGCUCAUCACUAGACUGGAAAUUAUUCUUGGAAGAACAUUAUCCAUAUUUUCUGGUAGUUUCAGAGGAAGGCCUGAAUGAUGGACAAACGUCCUUUUUUAACUUCUUAAUCAUACAGUCUUGGGCAAUGGGAGUCAAUGUUGUGCUUUCAUCAGGGCAAGAAUGUGAUAUUCUCAGAUUUCAUGCAUAUAUUAUGCAAAGCACAGACAGAAACAAAAAGUUUUCUAAGGAGAAUGAAACAGUGAUUCAAAGUGCGUAUGAAAGCCUCAUGCAACACUUGGAAGAAAGGAAGAUUUUAGCGUUAGCAUCUCACUUUAGACGUUUAAGAUGGAAAGUUAUGAUGGAAGAGGCAUGUCAGACUAUAUCUCUGCUUCAGCAGCUGUGGCUAGAAGCAUUGGACAUCAGGCGUGUUGUCUGUGUUACUUCAUGUUCCUUAGCCUUGAGAAUGUACCAUCGUUUUUUAGGAAAUAAAGAGAACACAGCCUCUGGUCGGGAAACUAUCACUCAUCAGGUGAGCAGUAAUUACCUACCGCUGCGGGAGGCAGAAGAUUUGUGCAGACUGCAUUGUCUCUGCAUGGCUUUUCAGCUCCACUUACCUCUUUCUCAGAGAGCUUGUUCUCGAGUCAUCAUCUCUCCUUGGAUUGAGAACGUCUGUACCUUCUUAAAAAUGAAAAAGUGGUGUGACUAUUUCAUUCUAAGAAAUUUAAACCUUUUUGAAGGUUGGAAUCUUAAUUUAAAUCAUCUUUCUGACUUGUGUGAUGAGCAUUUGUUAAAGAAUAUUGCCUUUUACUAUGAAACUGAAAAUACUCAAGAGCUACAUUUGAAUUUGGGAGAUUCCAUUAAGAGAGAUUACACACAUCUGUGGAAUUUUGUGUCACACCUGGUAAAAGAAUUUGAUGUUGGAAAGCCUUUUCCUCUGAGAACAACAGCAAGGCCUUUUCUUGGAAAGAAGCUAUUACCAAUCCAAGAUGUCUCCCUGGGAAAGAUACCUAAAGUGGGUUUUAUCCCAAUGACAUCUGCUAUAAUUGAUAAAUUUGUCGGAGAUGUGAUGAAGGAUUUGCCUAUUCUAAAGAGUGAUGCUCCAGCUGUUACUUCACUGCUUAAACAAAAGGAACGUGAUGAACUUUUGCACUGGCAUGCUCACAGACCCCUUAGUAAUGACUACGACAAGACCAGGUGUCUUUUUUAUGAAAAUUCUAGAGACCUACCUGUUUUUAAUGUGAAAAAGAAUCAGAGUUAUCCGCAGUUUUAUGGGAAAUCAUUAGAAUCAGUCUCUUCAAAAGUCAUUGUAACUCAAACUAUCCAGCCAAAAGAGGACUCCUGGGGAGCCAAGAGUGAAAUAUCACAGCAGGAUGCUAAAUCUGAAAAAGUUACUAGAAAGAAGAAAAGUUCACUUCUCAAACAAGAUCAGAAAGAACAACAACAAUGGAAUGAUCUGUUAUUUUCUGUUGAAAAAGAGUUGAAAGAGAAUUUAAACUCUGGAAUAAGGAAACUGGAAGAUUUUUUAAAAUCAUGUAAAAGUAACUCAGUGAAAAUUCAGGUUGAAAUGGUAGGGUUAAGUGCCUGCUUUAAAGCAUGGAAAGAACAUUGCCGGGAUGAAGGCAGAAUUUCAAAAGAUUUAAGUAUAGCUGUUCAAAUGAUGAAAAGAAUCCAUUCGCUUCUGGAGAGAUACCCAGAAAUUUUGGAAGAGGAUCAUAAAUUUAUAGCCAAAUGCCUUAAAUAUUUAGGUUUUAAUAAUUUGGCAAACUCUUUAGAUCCAACCCUGGUAACAGGAGAUGAUGAGAAAAGGAAGAAAAAGAAUAAAUAUGCAAUUGACAUUGGACCUGCUAGGUUUCAACUACAAUACAUGGGCCAUUAUUUGAUACGAGAUGAGAGAAAUGAUCCAGAUCCCAGGGUCCAAGAUUUCAUUCCUGACACAUGGCAGCGAGAGGUCCUUGAUGUUGUGGAUAAUAAUGAGUCAGCAGUGAUUGUUGCCCCAACAUCCUCAGGCAAAACCUAUGCUUCCUACUACUGCAUGGAGAAGGUGCUGAAGGAGAGUGAUGAAGGGGUGGUGGUGUAUGUUGCACCAACAAAGGUCCUUGUCGGUCAAGUGGCAGCAACCGUUCAGAAUCGUUUUAUCAAAAAGUUACCGCCUGGCAGUGCUCUAUGUGGCACUUUCACGAGAGAUUACCAUUAUAAUACACUCAACUGUCAGGUACUUAUCACCGAGCCUGCAUGCUUUGAAGUUCUGCUGCUUGAUCCUCAUUGCCAAAAAUGGGUGAAAAGGCUCAGAUAUGUUAUAUUUGAUGAGGUCCACUGUCUUGGUGGAGAAACUGGAGGAAAAUUUUGGGAGCAUCUUCUUGUCAUGAUUCGAUGUCCCUUUUUGGUUCUUUCGGCUACCAUAAGUAACCCUAAGCUUCUUACUGAGUGGCUGCAAUCAGUAAAACAGUACUGGAGACAGGAAGACAAGAUGAUGGAAGAAAAGUUUAUUUCUGAAGUAAAGUCUGACCAGUGUCUCAACUUUCUCAAAGACAACUUGCAUAGAGAUCAAUCAUAUGAAGUUAGACUCGUGCUCUAUGGAGAGAGAUACAAUGAUUUAGAAAAGCAUAUCUGUUCAGUAAAAGACAAUGACAUUUGUUUUGAUCAUUUUCACCCAUGUGCAGCAUUAACAACGGAUCAUAUCGAAAAGUAUGGCUUCCCUUCUGAUCUUACGCUUUCCCCUCAAGAUAGUGUCCAACUUUAUGAUACCAUGGUUCAAGUCUGGGAAACUUGGCCCAGGGCUCAGGAAUUGAGUCCAGAGGAAUUUGUUCUUUUUAAGAAUAAAAUAGUCAUUAAAAAAUUGGAUGCUAGAAAAUACGAAGAAAACUUAAAGGCAGAACUAACACGUUGGAUUAAAAAUGGCAAAGUAAAGAAGGCCAAAAGAGUACUGAAGAAGCUUAGCCCUAAUUUGGUGUCAAGUUCAGACGAUAUGGUAAAAAUGUUUCCCCUUCUUGUUGAAAAGUUAAGACAAAUGGAUAAGUUGCCUGCGAUAUUUUUUUGUUUUAAGAGUGUUGAUGUGGAAGAAAGAGCUAAAAGCGUGUGCGCUUUUUUGGAGAACCCAGAGAGAAAAAGCUGUAGCCAGACUGACCAAUGUCAUAGCUAUGCCCAUGAUAUAAAUAAAAAACUUACCAAAGCUGAAAAUAAAGUGAAAAGACUAAAGAAAACCUUUGGAAAAGACAAGGAAGAGUCCAGGAAGUUGAAACUAAAACUAACAUAUGGAGCUGAAUAUGUUAAUAUCCUCAACAAUUUGAAGGAGUUUCUGAAAAUCCCUGAGGAGUGCUUGUAUGCUGAUGUCAAUGCGCUGCACACUGAGACUUUGGAGGUGGUGUUUAAACGAGUGCAAUUAACGAGAAAAGGCGCAGAACUGAAGGCUUUAGCACAAAGGGGUAUUGGCUAUCAUCACGAUUUCAUGUAUUUUAAGGAAAGAGAGUUUGUUGAGAUACUUUUUGCGGAAGGGUUUAUCACGGUAGUGACAGCUACUGGAACACUUGCCCUAGGAAUCCACAUGCCAUGUAAAUCUGUUGUGCUUGCACAAGACUCAGUCUACCUGGAUGCUUUAAAUUAUAGACAGAUGUCUGGACGUGCUGGAAGACGAGGUCAAGACCUGCUGGGAAAUGUAUAUUUCUUUGAUAUUCCAUUGCCCAAAAUAAAAAGACUCAUCACAUCCAAUGUUCCUGAACUGAGAGGACAGUUCCCUCUCAGCAUAAGCCUGGUCCUGAGACUCAUGCUGCUGGCUUCCAAGGGAGGUGACCCAGAGGAUGCCAAGGCCAAGGUGCUGUCGGUGUUAAAGCAUUCAUUGAUGUCCUUUAAGCAGCCCAGAGCCAUGGAGAUACUGAAACUUUACUUCUUGUUUUCUUUGCAGUUCCUAGUCAAAGAGGGCUAUUUAGAUGAAGAAGGCAAUCCAAUGAGAUUUGCAGGACUUGUAUCACAUUUGCAUGGUCAAGAACCUUCAAAUUUUGUUUUUGUCAGUUUUCUUAUGAAAGGCCUUUUCCAUAAUCUCUGUCAGCCAAUCAAGAAAGGCUCACAGCUAUUUUCUCCGAGUGUGAUGGAAAAACUCAUAUUAGUAUUGGCAAAUUUGUUUGGAAGAAAAUAUAUUCCAGCAAAAUUCCAAGAUGCUAAUUUCAGUUUUCCUCAAUCAGAGGUGAUCCUUGAUGAACUCCCGGAGGAUUUUAAGGCUGCUUUACAGGAGUAUAACUUGAAAGUGAUGGAAGACUUUGCCUCUUUCCUACUGAUUGCUUCCAAGUUGGCAAACAUGAAGAAUGAAUAUCGACUUCCUUUGUCAAGAACCAAAUUCACAGGUAAAGAAUGUGAAGACUGUCAACUUGUGUCUCAUUUAAUGAACUGCAAGGAAGGAAGAGUAGCCAUUUCACCAUUUGUUUGUCUCUCGGGAAACACAGAUGGUGAUUUGCUUCGACCUGAGACUCUCAACCGUGUCAUUUUGCGGACAAUUGGUAUCAAUGGCACUCAGGCUCCUGUGCUAUGGUCACAGAAAUUAGAUAACCGAGGAAGAGGAAUGCCACUUAAUGCUUACGUGCUUAAUUUCUAUAAACAUGGUUCCUUGACGAGAUUAUGCCAAGACAACGGGAUGCCUAUGGGACAGAUUCUAAAGCUUUUAAAAGAUUUUGCACUCAACAUUCAGACUAUCAGUGAUUUCUUGAGUGAACUGUGUAAAGAUGAGCAUGACAAUGUGGUCUUGGCAUUUAAACAACUGAGUGAACUCUUCCAGGAAAAACUUCGACAAGUCUAAAUUCAAAUGUUUCCAAAUCACUUGGAAUAAUAGCAUGAGAAUUUUCAAGUCCAGUUAUGUGGUUUUCAUCUCUUUCCUAGAAAGAUUCAUUUGAACUCAUGCAAUAAAAUAGGAAGAAGAUUCUUCAUUGAGUCAAACAAAAUUGAAUUCAAAUAUUAGUUCUGCUGUUGUCUAGUUGAAGGAUGUUUGAUAAGUUAUGUAAUAUAUCUAAGCCUUAGUUUCCUUUUUGGCAAAAUGAGAAUAAAAAUGCAUACCUCUAGGUGUUUUGAGGGUUACAGAUGAUAAUGUAUGAAAAGCGAUUGGGUUAGAGUGGUGACUCAAUAAAUGGUAGUGUUAUAUUUUUUGUAGUUAAAGUUAAUGUAUAGCAGAAUUUUAGUUUCACAAUGUCAAGUUUUGUGUAUGUUCCUAGCCUAUUAAAUUUUUUCAUUAAUGAUCUGUAAAUCACAAAAGACUCAAAUCAAUUCUGAACAACAGUUACAUAAGUAGACUUCUGAGAUUACAAGAAAGUCACUGCUGUGGACUGUGUUUGUGACCCUCAAAAUUUAUAUGUUGAAAUCCCAGCCUCCAGUAUGAUGACAUCAGAAGGUGAGAUCUUUGAGGGGGUAAUUAGGUCAUUAGGGUGGAGCCCUCAUGAAUGAGAUUAAUAUCCUUAUAAGAGACACACGAGCUUGCUCCCUCCUCCCUGCGCUCUGCCAUAUGAGGCUACAAGAAGACAGCCAUGUGUAAAGCAGGCAGCAGGCUCUCACUAGCACCUAACCAGCUGGCACUUCUCACUGAUCUUGGACUUCCUAGCCUUCAGAGGAGUGAGAACUAAAUAUUUGUUGUUUAAUUCACUCAGUCUACGGUAUUCUGUUAUAGCAACCUGAACUAAAACAGCCACUUAGCAUAGUUAUAAACUGCUUUCCUAUUGAAAGCAGAACAUGUUGAUUCAACCGUUUUUCCAAUAGCAAUGAUAGAUUUUGUUUCAGUCCCUAGACUUUCUAAUUUGUUCUUCCCAAAUGACCAAAAGUACACUUUUAUAUUUCCUGGAUUAAGGAUUUUGUACAUGACUGAGAAAAAACUCUUACCCUGUGAGGCAAAACAAAUGUGGAAUUCAGAGCAUUUCCCCAUUCAGUGUCAUAAUUAAAAAACAGCCCCCUUAAAGUAACAACCACAACAAAAGACAGAUGAACAUUUAAAUACUCUUAAGGCUGUAAUAAAUGAAUACAGUAUUCUGAAGGAGAAAAAAUAUCUCCAAUGAGUCUAAUCAAUCGUUGGUUUAUAAAUUAGGAAAUAUGAUUCUUAAAGCUAUUUAAAUAGUUUCAAACAGUUUCAACUAGCAAACUUGAAGGGAUUUUUUUUUUUAAUGUAAAUGAGGUCUUGGGUAUAAGUUCUGUGAUGCUUUAAGAAAACAAUUAGCUGAUAAGUUGGUGUUAUUGUCAUUGUGUGUAAUAAGUGACUGGACACCCAUAAAGAAAUAAAGAAUGUUUAGUUUAUUUAC